GAGACACAUUCGCGACUCCAGCAAUGAGGAAGUCACCAUACCUCAUAGACCACAGGCCACCAACAGUUUUCAACCAUAUGCAGCCACGAACUACGAUAUAACUGUGUCACUACCCUCUGUACGAGCAAACAGCAGCAGUUUCCACCAUGCACCAACUUCCAUAAACAAUUCUAGACUGGCUAGAUCACAGCAGACCAAUCAAGAACCCGUCAGACCUAAGAGACCAAAAACAUGCUUUGAGGGAAACAACCAGUUUCAUCCCUCUGUAGCCAGUACCAACAAUAUAAUUGUACCACCGUCUUUACAAGCACAUAACAGCAAUUCCUACUAUGCACCAACUUCCACAAGACAUUCUAGAGUGACAAAUACACAGUGCAUUGUUAGUAGAGGUUACCCAAGUCAUUCUCUAGCCAGAACUGUUGAAUCUAUAUUACACAAAUCAGUCUUGAAAUUAACUGUUGGGUGGGAUCAUAUGAAUGCUAGCUCAGAGUUUGAGCUGCAUUUGUUGCGCUCUGACACUACUGAAUAUAAGGAAAUGUUGUGGUUAUUCAAGAAGACCACACAGAAGCAGUUCAUGGUUGGGAGAAUUUAUAGGGUCCAGAAUCCUUAUUUGUUGGGGUGUUACUUGCUCAAGAAAGAAGAAAUACAAUCAAGGUAUGGUUCUGUUGCUGAGGAGUAUUUAUUUCAUGGUACCAAAGAGGAAAACAAAGACAACAUUUGCAGAAAUAAUUUUGACUGGAGGAAACACGGCAAAUCGGUAGGCAACAUAUUUGGACAAGGUGUUUCAUUUACUCCGAUUUCUUGCUAUGCUAGUCAUUAUUCAGACAGCUGCAACACACAGCGAAUGAUGAUAGUGUCAAAGGUUCUAAUUGCAAAGGAAACUGUUGGUAAUAAGCAUAUGAAAAUACCACCUGAAUUUGAUUAUAUGCAGUGUCUUAGAUAUGACACUGCUACUAAAGAAAAUCGCCAUGUUAUUGUGAAAUUCUCUGAUAACGAGUUCUAUCCUACAUAUGUUAUAUAUUAUACAGGACAGUAUGAGAAAAAGGAACAAAAGCCAAUAAGAUUUUAAUUUGUGAUACAUUUUUUUGUAAGGAACAAUAUUUCUCAGAAGAUACGUAAACAUGUUUUUUUACAUGCUGCAAUGAGUUUACAAAAUUUCUUCACAUGAAUCUCUCUAAACAUUUUUUAAAUAAAAUGUUAUAAUUUAAAAAACAAAUGACUGCUGCUUUUCAUUAACAUUCACAAGUUUGUGACUGCUACUUGUAGCUCCUUAUGCUUCUCCCAAGCUUUAAUUUGUAAUUGCCAUCAGAAGAAUCUUGUUUCUUUUCCGUAUGUGACUGCAGCAUAUAUUGAUGUUAGUUAAUCGAAGAACACAGGACAGUGGUAUAGUGUGUAGGUAGCUGUGCCAAAAACAACUUGUUUCACACAAUUUUUUUAAAAAAAACUUCACUGCUGCACAUGCUAAUUACCAAUUAUGCAGAUACUUUUAACUUGGCACCAUGUGUGUGGUGACUACUGCAAGUGCACUGUAACGAUGAAAGCACAACUUAUUUUUAACCCUUGUGAAUUAUUUUUGUUAAUCUACAAGAGUCAUUUAACCACGUUCAAUUUGUUGUUACUUAAUUUGUUGGGAUAAGAAGCAGUUACAGACAGUUGUGUUUUGAAAUCAGCCAUUUUAGUUCUGCCUGCUUGUUUCUAAUUUUAUUGCUUUAGCCUGUACCUUUAAACUGUGAUUGUAUUUGUUCGUGUCACUUGCAUCAUCACAGCCUAAAAUGAUGCAGGUCUUAUGUUGCAACAAAUUAAUACUCUGUUUGUGAUUGUGGUGUUUUUCAUUAAAUUUCUUUAUCAGAUAAAUAAUUAUAAUCAAUUACUUAAUAGUUAGUAAGUUAGCUAAAGAUGGGAGUAAACAAUAUGGUCUUGGCAAGCCCACAAUUUAGUCAUUCAUCUGUAGUUUAAUAAAAUUUUGAAUAUAGGGAGCCUGCAAUUUUUACUCUUUUAAUAACAUUGGAGAGACCUCCAUACGCAAUUACACACUCAGUGUUUAUAGUAAAAAUGAAUUACAUCUGUUGUUACUGACAUAACCGAGGAGAGAGGAGCUUUCUCUCGACAAAUGCACUUGAAGGUCACAGUAAAAGGCUACAAAAAGAAUGAUUAAGUUCAGCAUUUUGUCAAAGAGAAGGUAAUCAAAGAUGGAAAUCAUCAAGGUAUGCUGCAAACAAACCACCCGGAAUUUGCGUUAAGUGAUUUUGGUGAAUCAUAGAAAUCUGUCUUUUCAGACAGGCAUCUGAACACCCAUCCUCCAGAAUGUGAGGCCAGUGUCUUAACCAGUACACCACUUCACUCAGUAAAUCAAAAAUAAGCCUCCAGUAAGUAUACUACCGGUAGAAAUAACAGAAUCCUGAAGUUUAGAAUUAAAGAUACUGAAUGUGUUAGGAGGUUGUUAUAAUCAAUGGGGGGAAACUCCCUUUACAAAUAAGUGAAAAUGAUUGAAAAUUCAUACCAGAUUAUCUAUCUGUCCGUCCUUGCUUAGUGCUCAGUAAUGUUGUUAUAUAAUGUUGACACAUACAAUAAACUGACAAUGAUAAAUAUAGUGAUUACAUGCAAAACAUAUUGUGGUGUCACUCCUUAAAUUUUGCUUACUCUUGUUUUGAAUCUGUUGUGGGCACUGUGUUGAAGUUACUAAAUCUGUGUCAUGCAAUUUGUUCAAAAAUAUGAGUCAAAUUUAUCUCCCUGUAACUCCGUUUCGGCAUAUUGUUUCCAGAAAAUUCAAAGCAGUUAAGAGUAUGGUAACUUGAGAGAUGAUCUUUGUACUGAUUUGCAUUACUAAAAAAUAAACUAUCAAGUCUGAAAUAAAGUGCAAUUGAGAUGAAA